GCUACCGUCUCGUGCGGACCUGUAAUAGUUACAGUGGUUCUGUGAGAUCGUCACCGUGUCUAAUAAACAAUGACCUUCCUUUCUAUCAUUACAUUCUAAGGAAAUCUAACACAUUGUUCAAAUCUCUUGACCCGUAAUAUCAUUGGAUUGUAGUUGCAAUUGAAUUAUCAUUGUUUGUGAAUGGAAUACAGAUUUUAGGUUGUGAUUGUAUUGACUAGUGCAAGUGUAGUGAUUGACACCAUGUGCGUCAAGGUUCUGUUCGGGUUGGUCAACCUGCUAGCUGUCUUUACGGAGUUCAGCUUUGUCAAAGGAUCCCCAGCGGCGGGGGCGGCCCCGGAGUACAACACUGCCAAUGGUGCCGUGGACUCCACAGACCCUACCUUCACCACCCCUGGCCGGGUGUUUCGCAUUGUAACCAGUGACACUGUCGUUCUACCCUGUGACGUGGACAACCCUGGCAACUUUGUGCUGGCGUGGAAGCGCGGGAUCGCCAUCUUGACGGCGGGCAACAUCAAGGUCACUCCGGAUAACCGCUUCAGACUGGUGGACGGCUACAACCUGGAGAUAAGGGAUGUCCAGACCAACGACGCAGGCAACUAUGUGUGUCAGAUAGCAACUCUGCAGCCCAGGGAGAUAACACACACACUGGAGAUACUAGUUCCUCCUCGGAUCGACUACGUUUCCUCAGAAGGAGAGAUGCAAGUGAAGAAAGGCUCGACGGUCACUCUGCAAUGUAAAGCAUCUGGAAACCCAGUUCCAACCAUCUCUUGGACUCGGAAGAACAACCUUCUACCCUCUGGUGAGAAGUCGGUGGAAGGAUUCUCCAUUACCAUUGAGAACGCCAACCGUCAUCAGGCCGGCAUCUAUAUCUGUACAGCGGCCAACGGUGUGGGCGACCCAGUCAUGAAACAGAUCAACCUUCACGUACUGUAUCCACCAGAGAUAGAGGUGGAGAGGGGGUGGGUCCACUCAGGGGAAGGCUACGAGGCUCAGCUGGUUUGUCUAGUGCACGCUGAACCCCCUGCUGAGGUGCUCUGGUACCGAGACACUCUAAGGCUGGACUCCACCGAGCGACGUAUCAUGGAGGUACGUGGUACCAGACACACCCUUAUCAUCAGGAAGGUCCAGAGCUCCGACUUUGGCAACUACACUUGUCAAGCUGACAACCAGAUAGGCAAAGCAAAACAGUCUCUGGAGCUGUCAGGAAAGCCCAACCCAGCAACGUUCAGAAGUCACCCCAUGGGUAGGUUCAGAGACAGCUACAACAUCACCUGGGCAGUCAACAGCUACACACCUAUAGAGGAGUUUAAACUGUACUUCCGGAAGGUUCCAAGCUCUCAGCCCCCGGUACCAGGCCAGCUCAGCACAGGCCACCAGAACAAUGUGUACAAGAGGCCAACGAGGAGGGAGAAUGACACACACGGUCAGCUGAUCAACGGCAGGUACCCUGGGGAUUGGAACAAUGUAAUCCUCCCAGCCAUACCCAGUGAACAGUUCACACAGCAGAUGAACUACGUCAUCAAAGGGCUGGACGCCGCCGCGCAGUACGAGGCCAAGGUACAGGCCAAGAACAGGUUCGGAUGGAACCAAGAGAGUGAGACGUUCCACUUCACCACCAGAGGGGCAGGAUCGCUCGAACCCUCCCCUGAAACAGCUGUUUACUCAGACCCUGAAGUGAGAGAUAUGGGGGUGACUGCCUACGGGGGUGCAGCUACACUGGCCUCCUACCCUCUCCUACUUAGUGUUCUGGUCGCCAUCGCAUCAACGUAGAACCAACAAAUCUACUAAGCCAGGCUUCACUUAAGCGUGGAUAACUAGACAAGGGUGAAGAAGAUUGUGGGAAGAAGAUAAGCUUAUGCAAGAGAGCAGUAUGGACUUAUAUACUGAAAGUGAAGGCCUGGCUAUGGCCUAGUGCCCCUCGAAGACUGCUAUAAAGACUAAAUAUGUGUUUACAUGUUGUUUGUAAGAAAACCUCAAAGUGACGUCUGAAAUGACUUAUCUUUUCAUAAGAUUAUUUUGUGUAAAUUAUGUAUUUGUUUGAAGCUGUAAAUGUGUAUAGAAUGCUUUGUAAGUUCCUCAAGAACUAUGUGGAUUACCAGUUAGGUUUAGAGAGUCAUGGUGCACUUUAAGUAUUACAUUAAUUACAACUUUAUAACAAUUCAGUGUGUUAAAACUAAUUCCUUUGUACUGUAUAUGUUUUUAGCUGGUUUGUCAUGUAUUACAACUUACUAUUAUGUAUUAUAAUUUCUAAGCAUUGAUAUUAACAAACUAAAUGUACAGUGCAUUUAUUGUAAUUGUUGAUAGUUAUUUUGUGAUAGUCGAUAUUUAGUUGUUAGUCUAUUAUACAAGGAUAUAAAUGUGAAUAUUGACUUUAUUUUACUAGACGAUAUAAAUGUGUUUCCUUUAUUUAAUCAUAUAUAUGGUUUUGUAUAUAUUUUGUUGUAUCUAUUAUUAAUUUCUUACCCCACUUUUAAAAAGUUAAAGAAUUGUAAAAUAUUAAAAAAAGUAAUUCAUGAACUAUCAGCUCCUAAAAUCCAAUUCCACUAAACCAUGAAAUCUUAAAGUAGUAAAUUUCGAACUUUAUUCAUUUGUUAUUCGAUAUUUUAUAAUAACUUGGAAUCCUUCAUGAUUUCAAAACAUUCCCUGUUAUGAUUACAAUAGAGUGUUUAAUGAUAAGUAUUUAUGGGGAAUUAAAAAAUAUUCCCUAUAUAUUAAAGACAUUUUUAUAUAAUUUUUUAUUUACUUAACCUAAAGUGAAUACACCUACUCUCUUCUGAAUGAGAGGGAAUUCUAUAUUUUUGAGACACCUGUAAAUGUUUUUCUGUGUGUAUUUUAUAAAACUGUUAGCCAUAAGAGUUGUAUAUUGACCUAAUUCUCCGGUAAGUGCUUCGAAUUCUUCCUCAUGUGUGAUUUUAGCUUGUGUAAAGCAUUAAAUAAUACUAACAUUCCGAUUAUAACUCGUUACAACUACUUAAAAUUUGAAUGAUUUGGACUAUAUCUAGCUAAAGAUAAAAAAUAAUAUGUUUUCAAAAAGUUAUUAAAAUUCUGCGUAAGAGUUGAGUAAUUUGAAACAACAUAAUGUACACUAAAAUCACACAUUACUUUUCUAAUCAGAUGAAUAUCUCGAAUACGGUUAAUUCAGAUUUUAGAAGAAAAAUAUAAACCAUAAUCACACGAGAUUUUUAUCCUGAUAUUUUACACUUUCUAAAUCAAAUAACAAAACUAAAAUCAGCUUAAACCUAUUCGAGGGGGUUGCAGCGAUGAGUGAAAUACAAAGUCUACUUUUGUAUCAAGAAGAGCUUACCAGACUAGGUUAGCUAAUUUUGUAUAUGAAAGCAAGUCUAAUGUGUGAGGGCCGAGCUUGUCAGAGGCAUUAGUACCUUUCAACUAGCAUAUUAGUUUUAAAUUGAGUUUAUGUGAUUUAUAUACUAAAUGUGCUUUCUUUUAUAAAUGUGCAAUGCUAUGUCAUAUAUUGUAAACAUUUCUGUCUAAACCUGAUCUUAAAGUGAUUUACUUUUGAAGGAGUAAAUGGAAU